AAACAACACAGAGUUGGUGAAGAAAAAAAUAAAACAAAAAAAGACAAGAAAGACUCCAACUGGAGCCGCGCACCAGGACGGGGGAAGACCGGGACGAGAAAGACCAGGACAAGAAAGACCGGGACGAGAAAGACCAGGACCAGAAAGACCAGGAAAAGAAAGACCAGGACCAGAAAGGCCAGGAUGAGAAAGACCACAGUGAGAAAGACCAGGACGAGAAAGACCCGGACAAAAAAGACCAGGACAAGAAAGACCAGAAUGAGAAAGACCAGGACAAGAAAGACCAGGAUGAGAAAGACCAGGACGGUGGAAGACCAGGACAAGAAAGACCAGGACAAGAAAGACCAGGACAAAAAAGACCAGGACAAGAAAGACCAGAAUGAGAAAGACCAGGACGAGAAAGACCAGGAAAAGAAAGACCAGGACGAGAAAGACCAGGAAAAGAAAGACCAGAAUGGUGGAAGACCAGGACAUAAAAGACCAGGACAAAAAAGACCGGGACAAGAAAGACCAGAAUGA